UCUUCCCAAACCCUCCCCGACCGCCGCCUCCGCCGCCUAGCCACCCCCCACGCGCCAGGAGAAGAGAAGCCAGCGCCGCCGGCCAUGGCGGAGGAGGAGGGGACGCAGCAGCUGCCGUUCGUGCGGGAGACGGUCCUGAAGAAGAGGAAGCAGAACGAGGAGUGGGCCACCAAGAACCGGGAGCGCAAGGCGGCCAAGAGGCAGCGCCGCCGCCACGACGCCAAGGGCGCCAUCAAGCGCCCCGAGGACUUCGUCAGGGAGUUCCGCAACAAGGAGCUCGACUUCCUGCGGAUGCGCACGCGCCUCAAGGUCCGCAAGCUGCGCCCCGCCGAGCCCGUACACGCCAACCUGCUCUUCGCCAUCCGCAUCCCAGGCACUGCCGACUUGCACCCGCAAAUCAGGAAGAUCUUGGCCAGGCUGCGGCUGACCCAGGUCCUCACAGGAGUCUUCCUCAAGGCCACCGAGGCAAACCUCAAGAGGCUUGCUGCUGUUGGGCCGUUUGUCACCUAUGGGUUCCCCAAUUUGAAGAAUGUGAAGGAGCUUAUCUACAAGAAGGGUCGCGGGUAUUUCGACAAGGAGCCUUUCCCCCUUACCAGCAAUGAUCUAAUCGAGAAGGCUCUUGGAGAACACGGCGUCAUAUGUUUAGAAGAUGUCGUACACGAAAUCUCCACGGUCGGGCCGCACUUCAGGGAAACGGCGAGCUUUCUCAUGCCCUUCAAGCUCAAGUGUCCGGAGAGGAGGCUGCAGAUGAAGAAGAAACCCUUCAAGGAUGGUGGCGACUCGGGCAACCGCGGGGACAAGAUCAACGAGCUACUCGAGAAGCUGAACUGAGGCAGUCUCAAACCUGCAUCUGCAAACAAGCAAUGGAUCCGUUAUUACCGUGUCGGUUUUGUAAUAGCAUAGCUGAAUGUACCUUUGUUUCGGAAACCCUACCUGAGUGUUUGGGAUCAGAUCACGAAAUAGCAGAAACUGUUCUUGACC